AUGGCCAGCCACAAGAAUAGUGAGAGCGCCACGGCAACACCGGAUUCCGAGGUCUUUCUGCUGGUGCAUGCAUGGAAUCCCGCUCCGCCUCCGCCCUCUUCGAUUGCUCUGUUUCUGUAUUUCUCCGUCCUGUGUCAUCCCUCCUUCCAAUUCCAAUUGUGGGUGAAGACGAAAUACGGAAUACGCGGACUUGCUUCUGGUGCAACGGUAAAACUUCGCAAAAGCCCCUGGCGCCCAACGUCGUUUCCAGAUGGCGGUUUUGUUGAUAGUGGAAUCGAGUCAGUUCAUAUCAUCAGCAGGCUGCAAAACGUAUCUAUGCGGCUUCCAUGA